ACUUUGACAGUACCGAUAGGGGCAGCAGGCAGGUUCGACUCGCCCUCCCGGAACUCUGCAGCCGCAGCGGGUCUGAUUAUUUUAACAUCGGGGUUCGGUCCAACAUGGCGGCGCACGGAUGGAAAUACUGAUGACAGUCCGAAAGAUCGCCUCGAUUUGUACGAUGGGCGCCAAUGCCUCUGCCUUGGAAAAGGAGAUUGGACCGGAACAGUUUCCUGUUAAUGAACACUACUUUGGAUUGGUGAAUUUUGGCAACACCUGCUACUGCAACUCGGUGCUGCAGGCUCUGUAUUUUUGCCGACCGUUCAGGGAGAAGGUGCUGGCGUACAAGGUGCAGCCUCGGAGGAAGGAGUCCCUCCUCACCUGCCUGGCCGACCUCUUCAACAGCAUCGCCACCCAGAAGAAAAAAGUCGGAGUCAUCCCUCCCAAGAAAUUCAUCUCUCGGCUAAGGAAGGAAAACGAGUUGUUUGACAACUACAUGCAGCAGGACGCCCACGAAUUCCUCAACUACCUCCUCAACACUAUCGCAGACCUCCUCCAGGAGGAGAAGAGCCAGGAGCGACAGCAGAAUGGAAAGCUGGUGCAGAACGGGAGCGGAGGCGGCGGAUGUGGUGACGGAGGGGGCGGCGGGGGCGAAGGCGACGGCGGGAAGGAGACGCAGCAGACGUGGGUCCACGAGAUCUUCCAGGGAACGCUGACCAACGAGACGCGCUGCCUCAACUGCGAAGCUGUGAGCAGUAAGGACGAGGACUUCCUGGAUCUGUCGGUGGACGUGGAGCAGAACACUUCGAUCACACACUGUCUCAGGGGCUUCAGCAACACAGAGACGUUAUGCAGCGAGUAUAAAUAUUACUGUGAGCAAUGUCGCAGCAAACAGGAAGCCCAGAAACGGAUGAGGGUAAAAAAGCUGCCCAUGAUCCUCGCCCUCCACCUCAAGCGCUUUAAGUACAUGGACCAGCUGCACCGCUACACCAAGCUGUCCUAUCGCGUCGUCUUCCCGCUGGAGCUCCGCCUCUUCAACACGUCGGGCGACGCCACCAACCCCGACCGCAUGUACGACCUGGUCGCUGUUGUCGUCCACUGCGGCAGCGGCCCCAAUCGCGGACACUACAUCACCAUCGUCAAGAGCCACGGCUUCUGGCUGCUGUUUGACGACGACAUCGUAGAGAAAAUCGAUGCGCAGGCGAUUGAGGAGUUCUACGGCCUGACGUCCGACAUCUCCAAGAACUCCGAGUCCGGAUACAUCCUGUUCUACCAGUCCAGAGACUGACGCGGCCAGCGGUGAAUUCCCCCAGCAGACUGUCUGGACUUGGCAGACGAGCCGCCGGCUGCCUCCCGUUCGCUCACACGAGUAUCCGGGCUUUAUUCCCCCUGCGGCAGGGAGAGGCUUUGACCCUGGGGCGCCGCUUGGGGAAAUGGGUUCGAGGCGCGUGCCGGUUGCAUGCCAGCCUCCGGGAUUCCAAAUCCUCCGAGACCACACUGCAACAAGCACCUUAACAUACCAAGAAACCCCCCACUAUCUUAACACUCGCUUUGCACUGUGGCACCAGGAACGGAGACCACGAGGCCGAACCGAUCGUGUGUGUUUAUUAGCAGCUACAGAGGAAGCAGCAGCUUCUUUCUGAGUAUUAAUACCUUGCUACGUUAGCUUCCCUCCCCAGCAGUGGUGGAACUGCCAGGUCAUGUGUUCACCGGCCAGGAAGUGAAGCGACCAUGAUCUGACGGCACCGUUAGACGUCCAGCCAAUCACCUCAGACCUCUUUGACAUCAUGUAGGGUUGGAGGCCGAGUUCUGCGUGAAAAAGCGGCGUUUCUACGAUCUGUGGCUCAUAAGCAGUAUCUUAGCGCAAGGGAGCCAUUGGAGGGGUGGGAACACAUCGCAAACUGAUGAGCACAGCUCCGUAUUUAUGAUAAAAGAGCAAAAAAGUUAUUUUAUUUUAAAUAUUCAAAGAACAAGUGACGUAAACUGACCAAAAAUUCAAUUUGCAGUAUGUAUAACUUCACCUUUUCAGUGUUUUUAUCGGUUUAAUAAUGUCUUUCUUUACAAUGUAUUUGUAUUUUAUUUUAAGAAGCUGCAGGUUUGUUUGGUUUUUAAGCAUCAGGACGAGCAACGAGUCUUACAGUAGCAACGUUUGAAAUGUGUCCUGUUGUAGUUGAAUGAGGCUUGAAGGUUGGUUAUGAAGUGGUGUUGUGCCAUUAGGAGCCACGUUUGAUGACAUGAUGGAGAAAAGAAGAGGGAAGACUGAAGGAAGAGCAAGUCUGAAAGAAAUGCAUUUUUAAAAAACCUAAAGUAUCCACUUUAAUUUCUCAGCAGACUCAGUUCUGACACACUACAAGGAUCUUAUCAGUGUCUGCCUCGUUCCGUUAGCGAUCCAAUUGAGCGCUGCUUAAUUGAGAAGAAUCUUUCGCGACAGGUUUUUCUCUCUGCGAUCAGGAACGAUUCCCCAUUCCCACUCGGGCUGCUAUAAAGCAGCAGAUUUAAAGACGGCGCUGUCUUUUCAUUUAGUGGCGACGCGUUUAGAACCGUUCGACUCCUAACAUGUUUAAACAACAAAAACAUUUUAUCAUCUUAUGUGGCUUACACUUCUCCCUAAGAGGUGAAAAUGCUAUAGGGAAUUUCCCCUCCCCCACAUGUUGCUUUGUGCUGCCAGCUGUGCAUGAGCUGAGUGAUGGCUAACUUUUUUCCCCUUUAUCUAAAAUAAAAGAUGCUGAUCUGUCCAGGGACUGUUUUGCACCUAAUUUAAAAGUAUCUUUUUAUAAUCAACGUAUAACCUGAGAACUGUUUAUGUAACUCAUAAACUAACAUUAACUCAUGUAACAUAAUUAUGAACCUUUGAAAAUUUCAAUUAGCUAACACGGUUCUGGCUCUGUCGUUUCGCUCUAAAAGGGAUUGGCAACAAAAUAAGAAAAAUGGAACAAAGUGAAUUUUACAGAAAAAUAAUUAUGUAGUUUUGAAUUGUAUAACAAAUGAAAUACAAAUUGUCGAUCCCUGAACUAAAACACAAACACUAUUUAGCUUGUUUUUUGUUCAUGAAAUUCACAAAAGAUCAUAACCUUAGGUUAAAUGGCUAGCUUAAGCUAUUAAAGCUUAAUGUACCUUAAAUAGCUGUAACUAACUUAAGCUAUUUGGGCUUAAGUUAGUUAGCUUAAAUAGCUAACUAAAUUGGUAGCUUAAGCUACCAUGGAAAAUUUGACAGCUUGCAACAAGUUAGCAUGUCUGUUGGUAUAAUGGACAUCGUUAGCAUGCUAGCUAAGGAAGCAGCUACUACUGACUUCAAAUGUUACUGGGAAAAUAUAAGAAAGACCAUUAGAGUGCUAAAGAAAACUAUUUCUUUAGCACUCAGAGAAAAUCUUUUGGUGUAAGAUUUAGCUGUAGAUUUUCCACUAGUAUGUUUAUCUGUUGCAUUCAGUUCUUCUUCUUCCAACUGUAUUUGCAGAAGACUAGCUGCACACCUCUGCCCCCGUAGGUCAGCUCAAGAAAUUACAUACCGUUCAAAUUUCAGUGCAAUCUCAGUUUUUCAUUCGUCAAUUAUGUUUUUAAUUAUUUUUAAUUUGUCGGUUACAAUGCCAAACCCAUUAACUGACAAAUUCAACCCUCUUCUUUUACAUACGAUAAUUAGAAUCCAAGUGUUUUAUAAGUUGUUUGUAUGUGGCGAAAUAGUGAGAGGGACAAUAAAAAGAAAACAGCUGCAGUUCUGAAGUUGGAUUUCUCUAGAUUUAGAUGUAAAUUACCCUUUACACUUUUUUUCAGUUUUCUCUUCUGUUGCCCAGGCGACAUUGCAGACAUAAUGGAGUUUGGAUGUGCCUACUUCAGCUAUUUAAUCAUGAGGUUUUAAAAUCACUCUUCAAGCACUUGUUUUAAAGGGUAGAAACCUCAAAGACAACACUACUUCCUCUCCAUGCCUCUGCUGCUCUUUAACGCACUGAAGAAGGUUCUGGAAAACAUUGCUUUGUUAUAAGUUUGUGGAUUUCAGGCAGUACAGUUGGUCUUAAAAUGAAGAAUUCAGGCAGAAGCUGUGGACUUUUCCCACACACCCAGUGAGAGUGAGGUUGUUUUCAUGCUUUCUGAAAGCUUCACCAAUAAGCACAAAGACGUGACUGGGAAAUAAAAAAAUAAUAAUUGCA